AUGGCAUGUCGCCAAGGUGUUUGUAUUGUUGUCGAGAGUCUGUUACCUCUCGUUGAUCUGAUGUUGCGUUUGAUCCUGUCGAAACUGACGUUGCUUCUCGCUGAUCUGGCUCGAGGCUAUGUCAACCUUGUUCAAGACCUCGUCAAGCCUGUUCGAGAGCUUUGCGAACAGCGAGUCGAGAUCAUUGAAUCCCGCAUCCAUCGUUUGUCGGAUUUGGACGAUAUUAUCGUGGACGGUUUGCAAAGUGGCGGGACUGUUCGGGGGUGA